AUGUGCAUACCCGAUAGGACCCACCCGCCACACCGCCACACCGAACCCGGGUUGCAUGUGGAAACGUCGUACUCAUGUUGGACACACGUCCCUGUCGGUUGCGGGAAGCGGAAGGACAUAACGCAUUCGAACGAAUAUUCGCAACCAGAAAUCGUGGCGAACGCUGGAAUGCGACGACUGUUGCCAGAUAAAGGAUGA